AUGUCUUCGACUAUGAUCCAGAAAGAAUCUGUCGACGACAAGGCUGUCCAAGUCCAACAUGUCGAUGCUGUCAGGCCUCGAGCGGAAAAUGCAGUCAAUGCGUGUCUGAUCUAUGCGUGUAUAGCAUUUGGAUCGGCUUCGUUUCUGUUUGGGUACGAUGACAAAGUCAUCUCGCCCGUUGCAGCCCUAAAUGGCUUUGUAGCACAGUUCCAAGGCGAUCCUGCCAGAGGAACCUUGUCCCUCACAGCACGCAAUCAAGACCUGGUAUUCUCAGUUCCACUCGUGGGAUCUAUCAUCGGCGGUUUAGCAGCGUCGCCCCUGAACACUCGCUUCGGCCGCAAAUGGACCCUUCUCGGGGCUUACAUCUUCUCGCUUGGAGGCGGAUUUUUACAGCUGUUUGCUCCAAACCUUGCUGCUUUUGUCGUUGGGCGGUUCUGGAACACAACCGUCAUCGGAAUCGCAAACGCAACUGCGCCGUUGUACAUGUCAGAGGUAGUGCCUCCGUCUAUGAGGGGCCGGAGUGUGACUUGUAUCAAUAUAUUGUCUCUGUUGUCGGGCGUCGUAUCCACUGUCAUUGUCAAUGGAACGCACACACUAGAAGGUCGUAAGCAGUACAUGAUUCCACUGGCCGUCCAGUGUGCGCUCCCCGUGAUCCUGUUCCUUGUUACAAUCGGCCUACCGGAGAGUCCACAGUGGCUCGUCAGCAAGGGACGAAUGGAUCAAGCCCGUCACAACCUUCGCAAGUUACGAGGUUUCUCGGACUGGGAAGUGGACGAUGAACUUCGCGUCAUGAAAAUGUGCGAAGAGAAUGAACGAGCUCUUUCUUCCAACGUGCGCUUCUGGGAAAUAUUUGGCCGGGAAAAUCUCAAGCGCACUCUCACCGCGGGCUCGUUUUACUCAUUAAAUCAGAUUUCCGGUAUUAUCCUCUCGACUACCUACACAACGGUCUUCCUCACUCAACUCGGCGUUGGCGAUCCUUUCACAUUCACCGUAAUUGCGUCUUGCUGUACCCUGGCCGGAACAAUGGCUGCACCGCUCGUCAUCGACCGUGUUGGCCGACGCCCUACAGCCUUUGUCGGAAUGAGUUUGCUUCUGAUCAUCGACAUUGCAGCCGGUGCGCUCGCAUUUGACACCGGCAACAGAAACUCGGUCCUCGCUAUCGCCGCAUUGGGUUUCAUUUUCAAUUUCUUCUGGGGCGCUGGCUUUUACUCUCUGUCCGCCUUGAUUCCAUCCGAGAUUGCUACCCCAAAGCUGCGCAAUCACACAAUGGCAUAUACCAUCGCAUGUGCUCAAACGACCGCCGUUAUCACCACGUUUGCCGUGCCACAAUUGACGUCUGCUGAUGCUGCCAACCUUGGAGCGAAGACCUAUCUUGUCUUUGCGGGCUGCAUGGCUUGUGUUCUUGUGGUUGUUUAUUUCUUUAUGCCGGAAACCAAGGGCCGCACUUUUGCCGAGGUUGAUGAGAUGUAUGAUGCUGGAAUUCCAAUGUGGCAAUGGCGCAAAUAUCAGACAUCCACAGAGGCCAAACAAGUGAAGGUAGUUGAUGUGACGUCGCGGGCAUAA